UAUGUAUAAUAGGAGUUCUCACAAGCGUCAAGUACAUAUUUUGCUUUACAAUGUUUUCAAAAAAUAUUAUACUACUUUUGUUUGUCGUGAGUUUUACAGUGAAAAGUAUUACCGCAGGUAGUGGAGAGAUAGUGGAAGCUGCUACUAGUGAGCGGAUAGUGGAUGAUGGUUCUACGAGUACAGGGAAUAAAAAACUGAAAGACAUGACAGACGAGCAAUGGGCAAAUUUAUUUAAACAGUAUGAUACCGAUGAGGAUGGUAUAAUCUCCCCAAAGGAAUUUCAGAAUUUGGUAUUCAAUGAGUUCAGUGGAUUCCUCACAGUUCACGAUGCAGAUAUAUAUAAAACUUUAAUUUCAAAGGAUAAAAGUAAAACAGAAUUGGAAAUGUUGAAAAACAUGAAACCGAUAAUAUAUUUAUUGACAAAGAGAAUUAGUAAAGUGGAGAUUGGAAACGUCAACAAAAAUGACACUUAUUCAAAAGAAUCUUUCGUGGAAGUAAUAAAAGAAAAUGAACAAGCUAGAAAACUGUUCUCAGACGAGAAUGAAAUUUCAGAAAUUCUAAAUCUGAUUAGUCAAAAAGUAGAAUGGCCAAUUGAUUUGGCGAAGCUCGAAGAAUUAUUAAAAAUGAUUAAGACUUCGCAAAUGAUAGUACAGUGUUACGAGGAAUUUUGUGAACUCGCCAAGGACCAAGAUGGCCGUAUUCCCGUUAAUGACUUUGUUAAAGCAUGGAUCGAGGAUGAUUCAAAUGAAACAGAAUUUGAUUUAUCAGACAAUGAGGAAUCAUCCAUUAACGAAAAAUUCACUAAAAUUAUCAAGAACGGGGAUUUAGACCGCAACGGUUUCAUUGAUUUUUAUGAAUAUCUGAUAUUAAUGAGUAAUGAUUAUAACCUGGACGGAGAUUUAGAGAUGUCACUUGAUAACAAAACUCUACUCUCGAUUCAAGAGAAUCUUUAAUCAUUGAAAAAUAUAACAGUUUUACAUAAAUACCAAUAAUUUAUAUUACAAAUUGACUCUAAAAUAACAUUAAAGAAUACACUAUGCGCCAAAAUAUAAAGUACAUUCGAUGAACAUUUCAGACAUAAAUUUUAAUAGAGA